AUGGCUCAGACUACAACCAUUACCGAUUAUUUUAAACAAAAGCGAUUAUCGUCAAAUGUUUUUCAUGAGAAUGAAAAAAUGAAAAAACUCAAAACUCAAGAUAUUCAGCAAUUAGUACCCAGUACACCACCGAAGUCAAAACGUCCGAUUCUUCUUACAACAUCUCGUACAACACCAAGACGAAAAUGUAAAAAAGAACAGAAUCUUGAUUCUCUCUUCGAUUUAACAGAAAGAAGACCGUCUGUUAAAAAUAAAGAAGAUAAAGAAGCACCUUCAGAUUUUAAAUUUACAAAAACAAUUAGUCAGAAUUAUACUUUUAAUUUUGACAUGUUAAUCACAGAAGUACCUGUUUCCUCUCUACCAACACCAACAGAAAACUGGACUACUUCCGUUGAUUCCAUUUGUUCUGCUUUAUUAUCACCUGUUAAACCUGAAACACCUCCAUCGACACCGAGUGAACAAACAUCAAUAACACCAUCGAAUAUACUAUCGUUAUUGCCGUUAUCACGACGUGUUGAAAUUAAAAAAGCGGUACCCGCUUAUGAACGUUUCAAGGAUUUGACAAAUAAGUGCACUGAUACAACAUUGAUUUUACCAUCGAAAUAUAAACUUUUAUUUGAACAAUUCAAAACAAGUGAUUUUUUUAUUUGUAAUGUUCAUAAUAGAAACGAAAAACCAACAUUUCAAAAAAUAAAACAAAAUGUUCAACAAAUAACAAAACGAAAUUUUGAAAUAUCGACACUAUGUAAAAUAAAAACAGUAUAUUCAACUGCAUAUGAAUAUCGUCAAGAGAAAGUUCAAAAAUUAACAAUGAGUCCAACGAAAAUAAAAUAUGAAUUAGUGGUUUAUCCAUGUUUAAUUGAUUUUGAAAUAAGUAAUGACUUUAUUCAUUCAAUCGGUAUUGAUCCAAAAAUGAUUAUAGAACGAUUAAAACGUUUUCAAUCAAAAUUGUUUGAUAUUGUUAAACGAUUUCAUAAAAUGUUCAUAUCGAGUAUUUAUCAAUUGAAAGAAGUUAAUGAUGAUAAAUAUAUACGAUGGCAUCCGGAGUUUGAUCUUGAAAACGUUCCCGAUAUUGAGCUUGCUGAUUUACCUGAACCACCAAAAGAAGUCGAAGAAAAAAAACUUGCAACAACAUUGGACAUUUUACGUCAUGCGCAGACAACACAAUCUGAACGAGUAAAAAAAGCUUUGUCUAAAAUUAGUCAGAAUUUGACUUCAAAUAUAGCAGAAAUUCAACCAUUAACUGAAUUGGAUUCAAAACCAGUGAAACAUAUUGUUGGUGUUAAAGCUGAACUUUUGAAACAGAUACGUUUAAAAGAAAUGCAAAAAAUUCAAUUAGCUGCUCUGGAAAAUCCUGAUGAACAAAAAACGUUGACAAUUACUCGUCGUUUACCAGAAACAAUUGAAUUAAUUCAACAAUAUUUCACAACACAACGACAAAUUGCAAUUGAAAUUGAUCUCGUUUGUAAACAAUUGAAAGAUUGUCAUAGAUCCGGAUUAACAGAACUCGAAUCUGUUGAAUUAGUUCGUUAUCUAUGUGAAUGUCAAGAAAAUGAUGGAUGGUUAAAAAUAUUAAAAAUGCGUAAUAAAGAAUAUGUCAAAAUAAAUAAUCAAAAAUCAAUUAAAAUAAUUAUUGAAAAUAUUCAACAACGUAUUUGUGAUAGUUAA